CGAGGCUAUAGCUGAGGAGCGCUGGCUGGUUGCUCCGUUGCGCUGCUGGUUGCUCGAAGAAGGGAGCGAGCGAGCGAGCGAGGAUGUCGGGCCGCGGGAAGCAGGGCGGGAAGGCGCGGGCCAAGGCCAAGUCGCGCUCGUCGCGGGCCGGGCUGCAGUUCCCCGUGGGCCGCGUGCACCGGCUGCCGCGCAAGGGGCACAACCCGGGGUACAUGGCGGCCGUGCUGGAGUACCUGACGGCCGAGAUCCUGGAGCUGGCGGGCAACGCGGCCCGCGACAACAAGAAGACGCGCAUCAUCCCCCGCCACCUGCAGCUGGCCAUCCGCAACGACGAGGAGCUCAACAAGCUGCUGGGCAAGGUGACCAUCGCGCAGGGCGGCGUGCUGCCCAACAUCCAGGCCGUGCUGCUGCCCAAGAAGACCGACAGCCACAAGGCUAAAGCCAAGUGAACAAAACGGAGACGCGGCACGCUGUCUCUUCCGAAGAAGAUAACCCAAAGGCUCUUUUCAGAGCCACCCACAAAAUCAUAAGAGAGCUCAGUUAUCCGUACUAUAGUUAUGCCGUUUUAUAUGAAUUACUCAACCCGUGUUUUGUCUUAUUUUCUCCAUGUUUAUUAACAGUAUUUUUGGCUUGGUAAUAGUAGCAACGCUUUCCAUGUUUUUGUGAACACAAAGUCGUGCCAAAACGUCCUCCCAAUGCCAGUUCUUCCUGGCAUGGGAUAUUUUCCGUUUAGUUCUUAAGCCAGAGAACACAGGAACAGGGUAUUUCGGCGAGAGCUCCCGUC